AUGACGAGUCCCGCCUCCGCCUCGCCGUUGCGUGCGACUGAGCUCCAUCCCUCCAAGCCAUUGCCUCCCAAUGGCCGACGGCGCGACAAGGCCCAGCUGUCGUGCAUGCUAUGCAGGCACAGAAAGUUGCGAUGCGAUCGUUCCCAGCCCUGUCAGAAUUGCGCGAAGAGGGGUCAGUCAUGUAUAUACGUCAACUCCCCAAGUCAGGCCAAAUCGGGACAGACCGGGCGCCAGUACCCGGCCUAUCUGAAUAGCCUGCACGAACGCAUUCGCCACCUCGAGGGCGUGGUCUUGAACCUGGUCAAUAACAAGGAGACUGCCCAGGGUCACCCGGGCCUGCCCGAGAGUCAGAGUCAGGAUGCCCCGACUGAGCCGCAGGUGGUCGAGUCCGUGGGUCGCCUCAGUAUCGAAGACAACGGGACGAGCUAUUUUGGGAGCUCGACGUGGCAGGCGAUCUUGAACGAGAUCGAGUAUAUGAAAGAUCUUAUUCCGGAGAGCACUGACUCUCCUUUCACGGACCGCCCAAGGGACCUCGAGGAAGACGAUGGCCUUGAUCUACUGAUGGAAGCUAGAAAGUAUUUUGAACCGGGAGAAUUAUUCAACAGUGUGCCACCCCGCUCCGUGGUUGACCCGCUGAUCUGCCACUUCUUUGAGAAUAUGGAAAUCUCCCCUUUGAUCUUGCAUUCACCAACGUUCCGGAAAGAAUAUGAAAAUUUUCGGCGCGACCCUACGACAGCGUCGAUCAUAUGGCUCAGCAUGGUGUUUGGCAUGAUGUCCCUCUCGUCAAGUUUCCUUCUGCUCUCCAACGUUGACCCUGAGCGCGAGGAAUCGCUGAGGAUGGACGUUCGAGACUACAGAGAGAGAUGCGCCCAGUGUCUCAUAUCAGGAAAUUAUACGAAACCGGGAAAAUACAAUCUACCGGCCCUAAUAAUAUAUCUCGCCUGCGAACGCAUGCGGAAGGAGGAAUUUGACUACGGUCUUCCCAUUCUGUUUGCGAUGAUCGUCAGCCUGGCCCUGCGCAUGGGCUAUCACCGUGACGCGAGCCACUAUCCCAAUCUAUCUCCUUUUGCCGGGGAAAUACGCCGGCGCCUUUGGGCUGUCGUCGUGCAGCUUGAUCAGAUGAUAUCUGUUGCAGUGGGCGUUCCCAGAUUGAUUGAUGACUCCAAAACCGACAAUUCACCUCCGCGAAACCUCCGUGAGGAAGAUUUCUCAGAAGAUUCGGCGGAACUACCGCCGCCGAGACCGUUGGCCGAUCCUACGGUGGUGACGUACGUGCUCGCCAGGCUAAAGCUUAUCAGGUUCCUGGGGAAGACUACCGAUCUCGCAAAUGCUACUGUUCCACCGCGGUACGAGACGGUCCUGGAGUUUGAUCGAGAGCUCUCUAAUAUAUACGGACAAUUGCCGACAUUUUACAAGCUGGGAGAAGGUCCGGAUACGCAAGAUUCUCUGACGUUCCUUCAGCGACUGUCGUUUGAAUCUCUGUAUGAACAGGCGCGGUGCACGCUGCAUCGGAAAUACCUUACUAAACAGGACCCGCGAUACGCCUAUUCGCGAGAGGCAUGCGUGGAUGCGGCGAUGAACAUGCUCGCGCAGCAACGGUACAUGCACCGGGAGAGUCAACCAGGCAAAAAGCUGUUCCCGCAGAGGUGGAAACUUCUUACCUAUCUAAACCGUGAGAAUCUCUUGGCGGCAAUGAUUGUUUGCCUCGACGUCGACCAGGCGCUCAGGAAUAUCGGCGCAUCGAGCAAUCCAACCGCCCCACUAAGUAAUCCAGCUCUGUCCCUGGAGAGUAAGAUCCAAGCUUUGGAGCAGUCUUUUGGUAUCUGGCAGGAAUACCGCUCCAUGUCCAAGGAGGCAUCGACGGCAGCGCACGUUGUGCAAUUAACUAUUCGCAAGGCAAAGGCCGUGUGCGCCUCGCGCGAUGUUUCUGAAGGUAGUUUCGGAUCUGGAACAUCAAACUCUACCAGCCCAGUACAGAGUCUGCAGGGCGAACAGUUUGCUGGCAGCGCCAUGGACUAUUCAGUAACUACGACGGCGGCGGCGGCGGCGGUGGCAGCAGAGGCAGCGGCAGCACAGUACAUGAUUGGUAUGCCCCAUGGCGGUGGCGAGGGGAGCCAUCAUCAAUAUGGCGUGAUCGGUGAAAUACCGGAAAAUCAGGCGCAGCAACAACAGCAAGCAGAGCAGCUCCAGUAUAGACCCGAUGCGAUGAUGUAUCAGCAGCCGGACGCCAUGAUGGCGCAGGAGACCAGCAGAGGAUCGAUGGAGGCGAUGGCAGCUGCUGCGGCGGCGGCGGGGAUGUCGUCCAACCCGGCGUACAAAGUGAUGGAGACGAUGAUCGAUGCGCCGGUGCAAUUUGGCUGGGGUGCAUUUUGGGAUCCUCAGUUUCCACGCGAUUACACGACCGCGGGCGGUGUUACGGCGGAAGACGUCUGGACGCCCGAUAGGAAUGGGGGUGGCGUGCCGCCGCCGCCUCCCCCCGCUCCAGGGGCGUCGUCGGGUGGGGGAUUGGGGUAUCAGGGAUGA